AUGGUCCGCAGUACGAUAGUUGGCUUGGCCUGGGCACCUGCCGUGUCUGUAGCAAGAUCCGCCAUUCUCACUACUCUAUCAUGCAUCGACACCGGCACGCUUCUACUUGUCGAUGAACCUGGCGGAACUCGGCAUGUGUUUGGUCAAAAGCUCUCUUCUGGCGCUGACCUGUCGCCUACGGGUACUCACGAGAGGCGAGCUUGCACUACGCCUCGCGUGGAGAUUGUUAUCAAGAAAGAGACAUUCUGGAUGCGGCUGUUUUUGUUCGCUGAUAUAGGAUUUUCUGAGGCAUACAUGCUUGGAGAUGUCAUUUGCGAAGAUCUGACUUCAUUUUUCCAGCUCUUCAUCACCAACAGAGACCGCAUGCGCAACGGAACCACGGUCGUGUCUAGGAUCUCAUCUUCACUAUCAUAUCUUGCUAGAUCCACCAAUACCCUCUCCAAUUCACUAUUGAACAUUUCGGCACACUAUGACAUUAGUAACGACAUGUUUGCUGCCUUCCUCUCAAGCGACAUGACAUAUUCUUGCCCAGUGUGGCAAACUCGGAUAGAUUCCGGCCUAGGUGAUGAGAGUCUAGAAGCCGCCCAGCAGAGGAAACUGACUCGCUUUAUCGAGGGCGCAAAGCUCAAAGCGACAGACCAUGUCCUUGAGAUAGGCACUGGCUGGGGCUCCUUUGCCAUUGAAGCUGUCAGCAAAACUGGCUGCAGAGUGACGUCCAUAACACUUUCAAAAGAGCAAAAAGAGUUGGCAGAGGCACGAGUGCGUGCUGUUGGACUCCAUGAACGGAUCGAGAUCAUGUUGACAGACUACCGCCAACUUCCGGUCCCUGAAAAGCCAUACGACAAGAUUGUGUCUAUCGAAAUGCUCGAAGCAGUUGGCCAGGAGUAUCUGGGCACUUAUUUUGAUUGUGUGAAUAGGCUCCUCAAGCCGGAUGGAGGCAUCGCGAUGUUCCAGUGUAUAACGAUGCCUGAGAACCGUCAUGAGGCAUACUCCAAAUCAGUAGAUUUUAUCAACCAAUACAUAUUCCCGGGAGGAUACUUGCCCUCCAUCACACAACUUUUGAGCCAUAUCAGCGAGCAGUCGCAUGGCACGCUCAUAAUCGAGAAGGUGGAGAAUAUCGGUGGGCAUUAUGCCAAGACUUUACGCUUGUGGAACGAAAACUUCCAGAGUCAUUUUGACAGUCAAAUCAAGCCCGCACUCUUGCAUAAUCACCCAGGAAUGACGAAAGACGCUAUUGAGGUCUUUCGAAGAAAAUGGGAGGCAAGAAACCCCGAUGUCGUGUUUUCGUCUCCUCAAUUUCACUAA